GGCCAGCGCUCGGAGCGGAAGAAGUGGAUUCACUGCUUCGAGGGGGUGACCUGCAUUAUCUUCAUCGCGGCCCUCAGCGCCUAUGACAUGGUCCUGGUGGAGGACGACGAAGUGAACCGCAUGCACGAGAGCCUGCACCUCUUCAACAGCAUCUGUAACCACCGCUACUUCGCCACCACCUCCAUCGUCCUCUUCCUCAACAAGAAAGACGUCUUCCUGGAGAAGAUCAAGAAGGCCCACCUCAGCAUCUGCUUCCCCGACUACGACGGUCCCAACACCUACGAGGACGCGGGCAACUACAUCAAGCUGCAGUUCCUGGAGCUGAACAUGAGGCGGGACGUGAAGGAGAUCUACUCCCACAUGACCUGCGCCACCGAUACCGAGAACGUCAAGUUCGUCUUUGACGCCGUCACUGACAUCAUCAUCAAGGAGAACCUCAAGGACUGC